GAGCUGGACGGAGCGCCGUUGCCGCCGCUGUGGGAGUUGUUGCUAUCAAAACUAACAACAUAUUUCCUCUUUUUUUCGUGCAAUCUAUUUUGGAAGCAGGUUUGCUGCUCAAACUCAGCGGGGAAGUAAUUUUUUUGUUUUUGUUGACCGUUUAACCGCCACUAAGCGACCGCGACGAGUCAAGUGGGAACUCUUCACUGCAAUUAACUUGUGUUGGAUGUGUUUCUGAUGCUCUGACCGAUAGCCCACACUUUGUGGCUGUCUGUUGACGGUCUAUCGGCUUCAGUUUAUUUAUGUUUGUUGUUUUUCUUCGUCGGAGUACAUCGGAGCCUAUACAGAACAAACGCUGGAGUGAUAGAAGUGGCUCCAACCUUUUCAUUUCUCACCUGGUUCUUAUCCUCAACCCCCCGCUAGCUGCCUCCAGCUAAUGAGCCGUUUCCCUUGUUUUUCCGGUUGAUUAACGGCCGAGCUGCCGGUGGAGCGAAGAGGAGAGACACACACGGAGGAGCAGGGAUUCACAUUAAACGGUCAGUGAACUUGGACGGAGCGGAGAGGUGGUCGGUGGUCGAGUUUUGUAUCAAAUUAGCGGCAGCUGGUCCGAAUAAUAUCAGCCGAUGGAUUCGUCUCCGUGAUCUGGAGCUCCCAUCCCCAUCGUACCCUCAUUUGAUCCCCUAAUAACGGGAUUUUAGGAAGGAAACGGUCACAUCCUCCCUGAGAUAACCAUGUUUCCCCAGGGGCGACACCCGACGCCCCACCAGGCUCCAGGCCAGCCCUUCAAGUUCACCAUCCCAGAGUCACUGGACCGCAUCAAGGAGGAGUUCCAGUUUCUUCAGGCGCAGUACCACAGUCUUAAGCUGGAGUGUGAGAAGCUGGCCAGUGAAAAGACGGAGAUGCAAAGACACUACGUCAUGUACUAUGAGAUGUCCUAUGGCCUCAACAUCGAAAUGCACAAACAGACUGAGAUUGCCAAGAGACUAAACACCAUCUGUGCACAAGUCAUUCCCUUCCUCUCACAGGAGCAUCAGCAGCAGGUGGUUCAAGCUGUGGAGCGAGCCAAGCAGGUGACCAUGGCAGAGCUCAAUGCUGUCAUCGGGGUACGUGGACUGCCAGGGCUUCCACCUACACAGCAGCAUCUAUCCCAUAACCACGGUGGUGCACCUGUGCCUCUAACCCCUCACCCUGCCGGUCUCCACCCCUCUCAGCUGGGCGGUUCAGCUGGUCUUUUGGCUCUGUCAGGAGCACUCGGCGCUAUUCCUCCACAUCUUGCAGGAAAAGAUGGUGGGGAUAAAAAGCCCCACCUGUCUGGACCUGACUCACACCCCUCAGGACCUGAGCACCUGAGAGAGCGAGAGCCCGGCACAAGUAACUCACUGCUGCCAGAAAGUCUAAGGAACUCAGAUAAGCGACGAAACGGACCCGAGUUUCCAAAUGACACCAAGAAACGUAAGGUGGACGACAAGGACUCCAGCCACUAUGACAGCGAUGGAGAGAAAAGUGAUGAUAAUUUAGUGGUGGAUGUCUCAAAUGAGGAUCCUGCCUCGCCACGUGGGACACCUCUUCCCUCCCCUCGAGAAAAUGGCCUUGACAAAGCUCGCCUUCUCAAGAAAGACCCCUGCAGUCCAGCUUCUACUGCAUCAUCAGCUAGCUCAUCCUCACUUAAGUCCAAAGAGUUGUCAAUGCGAGACAAAGCAGGUACACCUGGGCUAAAGUCGAGCACACCCACGCCAAGAGGGGAUUCUACUCCUGGUCCAAGCUCCACUCCUGGUAUCAGGCCCAGUCUAUCUAAACCCCCCUCUAUGGAGAUACCACAUCCACCAACUGCAGGUUUGCGAACCCCUCUGGCUGUACCAGGGCCAUACCCAGGUGCAUUUGGUAUGUUGCCCCACGCAGCUGGGAUGAACGGGGAGCUGGCCGGUGCUGCAGGGGCUGCGGCCUAUGCUGCUGGACUGCACAACAUGUCACCUCAGAUGAGUGCUGCAGCUGCAGCUGCUGUAGCUGCUUACGGCCGUUCACCGAUGGUUGGUUUUGAUCCUCAUCCUCACAUGCGAGUUCCUGGAAUGCCUCCCAGUCUGACAGGAAUUCCUGGUGGCAAACCAGCUUACUCCUUUCACGUGGCAGCCGACGGACAGAUGCAGCCGGUUCCGUUCCCCCCAGACGCUUUGGUUGGCCCAGGAAUUCCUCGCCACGCCCGCCAGAUCAACACGCUGAACCAUGGAGAGGUGGUGUGUGCAGUGACCAUCAGCAACCCCACCAGACAUGUUUACACUGGAGGAAAGGGAUGUGUGAAGGUGUGGGACAUAAGUCACCCAGGAAACAAGAGCCCGGUGUCACAGCUAGACUGUCUGAAUCGAGACAACUACAUCCGCUCCUGUCGUCUACUCCCCGAUGGUCGGACCCUCAUUGUGGGAGGCGAGGCGAGCACACUGUCAAUCUGGGAUUUGGCCACACCUACCCCCAGGAUUAAAGCAGAGUUAACAUCCUCGGCACCAGCAUGUUACGCUCUGGCCAUCAGCCCCGACUCCAAGGUCUGCUUCUCCUGCUGCAGUGAUGGAAACAUCGCAGUGUGGGAUUUACACAACCAGACACUAGUCAGGCAGUUCCAGGGCCACACAGAUGGAGCCAGCUGUAUCGACAUCUCCAAUGAUGGCACCAAGCUGUGGACCGGAGGCCUCGAUAACACGGUCCGCUCCUGGGAUCUGAGAGAGGGGCGGCAGCUGCAACAGCAUGACUUCACAUCACAGAUCUUCUCUCUUGGCUACUGUCCGACAGGAGAGUGGCUCGCUGUGGGAAUGGAGAGCAGCAAUGUUGAGGUCCUUCAUGUCACCAAGCCUGACAAAUAUCAGCUUCAUCUGCAUGAGAGCUGUGUACUCUCUCUGCAGUUUGCCUAUUGUGGUAAAUGGUUUGUGAGCACAGGCAAGGACAACCUACUGAACGCAUGGAGAACGCCGUAUGGAGCCAGCAUAUUCCAGUCUAAAGAAUCGUCUUCUGUGUUGAGCUGUGACAUAAGUGUGGACGACAAGUACAUAGUCACUGGUUCAGGAGACAAAAAGGCCACUGUCUAUGAGGUCAUCUACUAGAAACAUGGACAUACAGCUGAGAGACAUUUCCCCACAAACUCAGCAUUUUUGGAUAAACUUCUCAUGGAGCAGAAUUGUGCAGAUGGAGUGACCUUGGUGGCACUUCUUUCUGUCACAUUCAGAAAAAAAGGAGACUGACACUUGACAUGCAGAAAUCAACUGUGCCUGGUUAUACAGCUCCAUUUGAACUAACAGCAGCUGGAUUUUCAAUUAAAGGAGAGGAACUUUAUUGAUGUUUGUGUUGCUAUUGUUUUCUGCACAAACAAACUGCACUGGGACCACUUACAGGGACCCCAAAACUGACUGGACCAAAGGGGGCGCUGUUCUGUUCUGACUGGGACUAAUGCUGGACAUCAGAUUUAAAACACAUGUGACCUGGAGAACAAACAAUCAAACAAGGUGGCUGAAUAAGUGGAUAAAUGGCUGCCAGAAGGAGGAAACUGUGGAUACAAAUGGAGAGUAUUAUGGAGGAAGAAAAACAUCACUUACAGACUGCUACACGUGUUGGCUUAUAUUCUGUCCUGGACUGAUAAUGCCCACAGCCUGUUGAUCUCUAAGCUCUGACUCUCUGACCUUCGAACCUCAGCUUGCUGUUCUGAAACGCCUACACUGUCUGAAAAGUACCUUUUCUGUCUUAACAGUAAGUCUUAUCUCAACAACUGCACUGUAGUGUUAGCCGUCCACCUACACGCUCUGUACACUUACAGAUUGUCAUUGCAGCUGAAAAGAUACUGGAGGCCAUGUUUAUUGUUUGGUUGUUGUUGAUGUAUUGUGAUGGGUUAGCUGGAUCCUGAACUUGAAGCAAAGGGUGUUUUUAUAUUUCUUCAUUGAUGUAUUGGGAGAAGAAAAUAGCAAAUCAAGCCAAGAGAAGAUAGAACAAGUCUUAAUUUUGGUCGUUUUUGUCUCCUCUCUUCCAUUUAAUUCUGCUUAGGAGACCAAUUAGUUGAGACAUGAAGGUAAUAAAAAUGUUAGUUAGUGAAUUAAUGCUAUUACAGAAAUUUUCCUCCCCUUGUGACCUGUUUGUACUCCACGAACAGCAUAAGCCUUCGUGUUUGAGCUUCUUUGAACAUCUUUCUUGUCUCAUGCUCGUAAUUGAUCUUCACUGUGUGUCAGCAGCUUUCUGUGACUGUUAUUAUCACUGAAUUGACAUUUCUUUAAUUAUUGAUUAUCAAUGAAAUUGAAGUAGCUUCAGGUUUAAAAAUAGCCUUCUUCAUGCGUAUUUACUUAUUGGACUCAAGCCAUGGCCUGUGCUUUUACUGCAGCUAUUUGUGUAUGCUCCAUUAAAAAAAUAAGCUCCUAGAAUCAGGUCAUAACGAUUGAAAUUAUGGCCUGGAAUUGAUUAGUCCUUUAAUUUAAAAUAAAUAAAUGCUACUAUCUUUUUUUUUUUUUAA